AUGGAAUUAGGUGCCCAAUAUUUCUCAUCCAAGAAAGAAGAAGAACCCACCAUUAAUCUUGUUUCUCUUGGAUCCACCAGCCAAAAUAUUACAACAUCUUCCUCUGAUCAAGCAACAAGCUCAUCAGUUUCUCCUAAAGAAGUAGUGCAUCGCCAUGGAAAUGCUAAAGAGGCUGAAGAUCAUCAAGUGUUGGUGCAUAGAGAUUGUGGACGUGAAAGAUUAAAGAGGCAUAGAGAAGAGGUAGCUGGUAGGGUUAUGGUACCAGAUACUUGGGAUCAAGAGAAUUUGCUUAAGGAUUGGACAGAUUGCUCCACCUUUGAUGAGUUGUUAGCCCCUAAAGGAGUCUCAUCAGCUCGAGCAGCACUUGUUGCCGAGGGUCGUAGAGAAAGUUCUUCGAGGUUGAGGAUAGCAAUGUGGACCCGUGGACCUUCUACAAGAGUCCUUGUUAUCAGCAGCAACUCCAUUCAAGACGUAUCAGACCGAAUUGGUUAUUUAAGUUCCAUGUAG